AUGAAUUUCUGGCCAAGUUUUGUAUUAUCGCUUUUGGGUGUUUGCGUUGUCCAGGGCAAUGGUUUAGAUCGUGUAGCCGAUGGAACCGAUGCACGGCGGGGUCAGUUCCCGUACCAGGUAGCGUUGACACUGAAGCGUCAAACGGUGUGCGGUGGCGUUAUGGUACACGAACGGUUCUUCCUUACGGCUGCCCAUUGCUUCUUCAAUGGCGAUACUCCACUACCUGUGGAGCAGCUCAACGUGUUCUAUGGUUCGGAAAAGCUGUUCUCGAACGGCAGAUAUAAUCGCGUAAAAACGGUUCAUUUCCACGAUCAGUACGAUCAUGGCUUGCAGUACGAUCUGGCUGUCGUCGAAGUGAAACGGAAUUUCGACCUUUCGUCCACUUCCCGGCCGGUUGCAUUUGGAGAGGAAGCUUUCGGCGAAAACCUGCUAGCCACCGUUACCGGAUACGGACGUAGCACCGUCGAGGGUAACAUGGCGUUCCGGUUGAAGUACGCUCAGUUGACUUCUCUGCCGGAUAGCCAGUGCCGGGAAGCGAUGGGAGAUGACUACUACGAAGGAGUGUUCUGUCUGGACACGAGCGAAGGUUCGGGAUUCUGUAUGGGUGACUACGGUGGUCCAGCCGUGUUCGAAGACAGACUCGUUGGCGUUGGAAGCUACACCGUCGGGGGCAAGUGCGAAACAGGCCAACCGGACGUGUUCGUCGACGUCGGGUACUUCAGCGAGUGGGUUCAGUCGGUACUUGAGGCAGAGCCAGCGGAACAGUGA